UGUUCUAAAUUCAAAAGUGUCCGGCGCCCGCGUCGCUUGGACAUAUACGAGAAUCGAUUUUUGAUGUAAAUUUAUCGAUAAUUAAUCUGGAAAGGCCACAGUCGUAUUUGAGGUUAGGGGACUUGUGUUUUGUGUGUGAAAAUGUGUGAAUUGUGCAAACAACGGUAGAUUGAAUACGGAUUGUUCUGUAUUGAAUUGAUAUGCAUUUCAAAAGGAAUGAAACACUAAACAAGGUCAAAGUAUAAAUAAAUUAGAAGAAUAGUAAGAUGGCGGAAGCGGAAGGAGGUGCGAGCGAGCAAGAUGAUGUUUCAUUCUUGCGAACGGAAGACAUGGUGUGCUUGUCAUGCACGGCGACGGGUGAACGUGUAUGUCUCGCUGCCGAGGGCUUCGGUAACCGGCAUUGCUUCCUCGAGAACAUCGCCGAUAAGAACAUACCACCGGACCUGUCGCAAUGUGUCUUCGUUAUUGAACAAGCGUUGUCGGUUCGAGCUUUACAAGAAUUGGUAACAGCAGCUGGAUCGGAAACUGGAAAAGAAAAUUUAGUAGGUAAAGGAACAGGUUCAGGACACAGAACAUUGCUGUAUGGAAACGCCAUUUUGCUGCGACAUCUCAACAGUGACAUGUACCUGGCCUGCCUGUCGACAUCGUCAUCUCAAGACAAGCUGGCUUUCGACGUAGGUCUGCAGGAGCACUCGCAGGGUGAAGCUUGCUGGUGGACUUUACAUCCAGCUAGCAAACAGAGGUCUGAAGGUGAAAAAGUUCGUGUAGGAGAUGACUUGAUUUUAGUCUCCGUUGCUACUGAGCGAUAUCUGCACACAACAAAAGAAAACGAAGUAUCAAUAGUGAACGCGUCAUUCCACGUGACGCACUGGUCGGUGCAGCCGUACGGUACUGGAAUAUCCCGUAUGAAGUACGUCGGAUAUGUAUUUGGGGGAGAUGUACUGCGGUUCUUCCACGGGGGAGAUGAAUGCCUUACCAUACCUAGUACCUGGACUAAAGAGGGAGGACAGAAUAUCGUGGUGUACGAAGGUGGUUCAGUAAUGUCUCAAGCGCGUUCACUCUGGCGACUAGAACUGGCGCGGACUAAAUGGGCGGGCGGCUUCAUCAACUGGUACCAUCCUAUGCGUAUCAGGCACAUCACAACGGGCAGAUAUCUCGGUGUUAACGAUCAGAAUGAAUUAUAUUUGGUUAGCAGAGAGGAAGCUACAACAGCGUCUUGCGCGUUCUGUCUCCGUCAAGAGAAAGAUGACCAAAAAGUGGUGCUUGAAGACAAAGAUCUGGAAGUCAUCGGUGCUCCUAUCAUUAAGUACGGUGACUCUACUGUUAUUGUACAACAUUCGGAAACUGGCUUGUGGUUGUCUUACAAGUCGUAUGAGACGAAAAAGAAAGGUCUAGGUAAAGUGGAAGAGAAGCAGGCAAUACUACAUGAAGAAGGUAAAAUGGACGACGGUCUAGAUUUCUCCAGGUCACAAGAAGAGGAGUCCAGAACAGCACGAGUUAUUAGAAAAUGCUCCUCCUUGUUUACGAAGUUCAUCAAUGGCCUUGAAACUCUACAAGAAAAUCGACGUCAUUCAAUGUUCUUCGCUUCAGUCAAUCUUGGUGAAAUGGUGAUGUGUUUAGAAGAUCUUAUUAAUUACUUCGCACAACCUGACGAAGAUAUGGAACACGAAGAGAAACAAAACAAGUUGCGCGCUCUACGUAACCGUCAAGAUUUGUUCCAAGAGGAAGGCAUAUUGAAUCUCAUUCUAGAAGCUAUAGACAAGAUCAAUGUUAUUACAUCGCAAGGAUUCUUGGCUGGUUUCCUGGCUGGGGAUGAAUCUGGACAGAGCUGGGAUAUGAUAUCUGGAUAUUUGUAUCAGCUAUUAGCUGCAAUAAUCAAAGGCAAUCACACAAACUGCGCGCAGUUCGCCAACUCAAAUCGUCUCAACUGGCUGUUCUCCCGUCUCGGGUCGCAAGCCUCGGGUGAAGGCACAGGCAUGUUGGACGUGUUGCAUUGCGUGCUUAUAGACUCUCCUGAAGCCCUGAAUAUGAUGCGGGAUGAGCACAUAAAAGUGAUAAUAUCAUUAUUGGAGAAGCACGGACGUGAUCCCAAAGUACUGGACGUAUUGUGCUCACUCUGCGUGGGUAAUGGAGUCGCGGUGCGUUCCUCACAGAACAACAUCUGCGACUAUCUGCUGCCUGGCAAGAACCUAUUGCUGCAGACGCAACUCGUCGACCACGUCUCCAGCGUACGACCAAACAUCUUCGUGGGACGCGUGGAGGGGUCUGCGGUGUACCAGAAAUGGUACUUCGAGGUGACCAUGGACCACAUAGAGAAGACAACGCACAUGAUGCCACAUCUCCGUAUCGGGUGGGCCAACACUUCUGGGUACGUGCCGUACCCGGGCGGCGGGGAGAAGUGGGGCGGUAACGGAGUGGGCGACGACCUGUACUCGUUCGGCUUUGACGGUGCCCACCUGUGGGCGGGCGGCCGGAAGACGCCCGUCAACAGGACACAUGCUGAAGAACCCUUUAUUAGGAAAGGUGACGUGAUCGGAUGCGCUUUGGAUUUAACAGUGCCUAUAAUAAACUUUAUGUUCAACGGCAUAAGGGUCACAGGAUCCUUCACUAACUUCAACUUGGAGGGCAUGUUCUUUCCUGUCAUCAGCUGUUCUAGUAAAUUAAGUUGUCGCUUCCUACUCGGAGGUGAGCAUGGUCGUUUGCGCUAUGCUGCUCCUGAGGGCUACUCUCCCUUAGUGGAGUCUCUGUUACCACAACAAAUACUUAACCUGGAGCCGUGCUUCUACUUCGGGAACUUAGCCAAGCGGGCACUGGCCGGACCCCCGUUAGUGCAAGAUGACACUGCGUUUGUGCCAACUCCUGUUGAUACUAUGCAGAUAACACUACCAUCCUACAUCGAGCAGAUACGAGACAAACUCGCUGAGAAUAUUCACGAAAUGUGGGCAAUGAAUAAAAUCGAGGCUGGCUGGGUGUACGGAGAUCAGCGCGACGACCUGCACAAAGUACACCCCUGCCUCGUUCCUUUCGAGCGUCUGCCGCCCGCUGAGAAGAGAUACGACAUACAACUCGCCGUGCAGACACUUAAGACUAUCUUAGCGCUGGGUUAUUACAUCAGCUUGGACAAACCACCGGCUCGCAUUCGCAACGUGCGCCUUCCCAAUGAACCUUUUAUGCAGUCAAACGGUUACAAACCAGCACCAUUAGACCUGAGUGCUGUCACCCUGACACCGAAGAUGGAUGAGCUGGUCGACCAGUUGGCUGAGAACACUCACAAUCUGUGGGCACGUGAGCGUAUACAGCAGGGAUGGACUUAUGGACUCAACGAGGAUCCAGAUAUGCAUCGUUCGCCUCAUCUGGUGCCAUAUCUUAAAGUGGACGAUGCCAUCAAGAAGGCGAACAGAGACACAGCAUCUGAAACAGUACGCACAUUACUCGUGUAUGGAUAUAAUUUAGAUCCACCAACAGGAGAACAGCAUGAAGCACUUCUCGCGGAGGCAUCAAAACAGAAACAGGCAGAUUUUCGAACUUACAGAGCUGAGAAGAACUACGCCGUUAGUUCAGGCAAAUGGUACUUCGAAUUCGAAAUACUAACAGCUGGUCCUAUGAGGGUGGGCUGGGCUCACGCUGACAUGGCGCCUGGUAUGAUGCUCGGACAAGAUGAAAACUCCUGGGCCUUUGAUGGAUACAAUGAAGAGAAAGUGUUCUGCAGUAGCACAGAGUCGUUCGGCAAGCAAUGGGCGGUUGGUGACGUAGUGGGAGUAUUCCUUGAUCUGAUUGACAAGACAAUAAGUUUCUCUCUCAACGGAGAGUUAUUAAUGGACGCAUUGGGAGGAGAGACGACAUUCGCGGAUGUGCAAGGUGACAACUUCGUACCCGCCUGCACACUGGGUGUCGGACAGAAAGCCAGACUGACAUACGGCCAAGAUGUAAAUACAUUAAAAUAUUUUACAACGUGCGGUUUGCAAGAGGGAUACGAACCGUUUUGUGUUAAUAUGAAACGUGAUGUAACACACUGGUAUACUAAAGAUCAGCCCAUUUUCGAGAACACAGACGAAAUGUCUGACACUAAGAUUGAUGUGACGAGGAUACCAGCUGGUUCAGACACGCCUCCAUGUUUGAAAAUAUCUCACAACACUUUCGAGACUAUGGAAAAAGCUAAUUGGGAAUUUCUACGACUGUCGCUUCCUGUUAUAUGCCAAAUGGAGUUUAUUGAUGAGAACGAAAAGGCUCGUCGUUGGGUAGAGAUCAAAGAGCGACAGCAGAUCUUAAUGAAAGAGGCGACGGAGGCACAGAUGCCAGCACACAUCGACCAGAUCAUGAGGAGUGGCUUCACUAUGAAUGAUAUUAAAGGUCUGCACUACGAUGAGAAUCAAGAAGAAAUGCCAACAAGUUCUAAAGUGAAGAGACAACCAUCAAGACCUCCUAGGAAAGGAUCAAUCACUCGAGGCGUUACUAUACAGAAUUAUAAUUUGCAACCAGGACAAGCCAACGGCAUGCACCGGUCUACAAGUGAAGCUGAGAUGGCCAAAUACGAACUCGGAGUUAACAAUGUUCAAGAUGACAAGAAAGAUAAGAGAGGACGCUCACCAUUCAAGUUCUUUAGAAGCAAACGCGGUGAGAGUGGGGAAAGAGCCAAGUCUCGCAAGUCCAAAACACCAGAUCCUUUCAGCGAUACUGAAGUAUCUCCAGACAGGGGCAGAAGACCUAAUCCACAAAUUAGAAUAUCCCAGGCCAACCAAAGAUAUAACGGCAUGCAAGGUAGACCUAGCCGACCCAAUUUAUAUGGAAGUCAAGGUGGUUUGAAUACAAAUCUGCAAGUAGCAACCCCACCUCAAGAAAGGAAGCAGAUGACGACUACAACACUCGCAGCAGCUGCUACAGAAACUGUUGGCAAUGAGAUAUUUGAUGCAGAUUGCUUGAAACUUAUCAACGAAUACUUCUAUGGUGUUAGAAUAUUCCCCGGUCAAGAUCCCACUCAUGUGUACAUCGGCUGGGUGACCACGCAGUAUCACCUUCAUUCCAAGGACUUCAAUCAAAAUAAGGUGAUGAAGUCAUCUGUCAUCAUCACCGAUGAUUAUGAUAGAGUCAUCGAAAGUGUGAACCGUCAGUCUUGCUACAUGGUACGUGCAGAUGAGCUGUACAACGAGGUGAUGGCGGAGGCUACUGGUAAAGGCGCUUCACAAGGCAUGUUCAUAGGCUGCUCCGUGGACACCUCUACCGGAACUGUUGCCUUCACUUGUGAGGGCAAAGAAACUAGUAUUAAAUUUAAGAUGGAACCAGAAACGAAGCUGUUCCCGGCGAUAUUCGUGGAGGCGACAUCGAAGGAGAUCCUGCAGAUCGAGCUGGGGCGGUCCUCCAGCAGCCUGCCGCUGAGCGCGGCCGUGCUGCCCACCAGCGACAAGCACGUCAUACCGCAGUUCCCGCCUCGCCUCAAAGUGCAGUGCCUCAAGCCGCACCAGUGGGCGCGGGUACCAAAUCAAUCGCUACAAGUGCACGCACUCAAACUGUCAGACAUUCGCGGUUGGUCCAUGCUCUGUGAAGAUGCAGUCUCCAUGUUGGCAUUGCAUAUACCAGAGGAAGAUCGGUGUAUUGAUAUUCUGGAGCUAAUAGAAAUGGACAAACUGCUCAGUUUCCACUCACACACGCUCACGUUGUACGCGGCCUUGUGCUAUCAGAGCAACUACAGAGCAGCACACGCGUUAUGUCAGCAUGUCGAUCAAAAACAACUUUUAUAUGCGAUUCAAUCCCAGUACAUGUCUGGACCAUUACGACAGGGAUUCUAUGAUCUACUCAUAGCUUUACAUCUGGAAUCUCAUGCUACUACUAUGGAGACAUGUAAAAACGAGUUCGUGAUCCCCCUGGGUCCGGAGCUGAAGGCGUUGUACGAGGAGGCGGACAUGCGGCACAGUCUGCGCUCACUGCAGACUGAGAGUGUACGCCCACAGAUGAACAUGACUGAUAUAUCUGAGAAAAUAACAGACAUCAGCAAUCUGUACUCGCCGUACUUCCCGUUGGAAGUGGUGCGGGAGUUCGUGAUGCAAGCACUGGCAGAUGCUGUCGACACCAACCAAGUACACAACAGAGAUCCCGUUGGGGGCAGCAAUGAGAACCUCUUCCUUCCCCUUAUAAAGUUGGUGGAUAGACUGCUUCUUGUGGGCAUGAUGCGUGACGAGGACGUGGAGAAGUUACUCAUCAUGAUCAACCCUGAGACAUGGGAUCCCACGUUUGAUAAAGAGGGCAAAGACGAGCACCGCAAAGGACUACUGCACAUGAAGAUGGCGGAGGGAGCCAAGCUGCAGAUGUGCUACUUGCUGCAGCAUCUCAACGACAUCCAGCUGCGUCACCGCGUUGAAUCCACUAUUGCCUUCGCACACGACUUUGUAGGCGAUCUACAGACUGACCAGCUCAGACGUUACACAGAGAUCAAACAGUCAGAUCUACCGAGUGCGGUGGCGGCCAAGAAGACGAGGGAAUUCCGUUGCCCGCCCAGAGAGCAGAUGAACGCUAUUUUAAGUUUUAAACAUAUGGAAGAAGAAGACAAAGAGAACUGUCCAUGCGGCGAAGACCUCAUCGCCAGGAUGAACGAGUUCCAUGAAAGCCUCAUGGUUCAUAUAUCUUUGAACGCGCUGCAGGAACCUGAUUCCCAGGAACCUACGGAACCAGAAACGAAGCCUGGAGCGUUCGGAAAAUUGUACAAUAUUAUUAAUACAGUUAAAGAAUUAGAAGAUGAACCAAAGGCUAUCGAAGAACCACCGAAGAAAACUCCAGAAGAAAAGUUCCGUAAAGUUCUGAUACAAACAAUUGUCAAUUGGGCGGAGGAGUCACAGAUUGAAACGCCCAAAUUAGUCAGAGAAAUGUUUAGUCUGUUAGUCCGUCAGUACGACUCAAUAGGAGAACUGAUCCGAGCGUUGGAGAAGACGUACGUCAUUAAUGCGAAGACCAAACUGGACGUGGCCGAGAUGUGGGUCGGUCUCAGUCAGAUCAGAGCGCUGCUGCCUGUGCAGAUGAGCCAGGAGGAGGAGGAACUAAUGAGAAAGAGGCUAUGGAAAUUGGUGAACAAUCAUACAUUCUUCCAGCAUCCAGACUUAAUAAGAGUACUGCGCGUGCACGAGAACGUGAUGGCUGUAAUGAUGAACACGUUGGGGCGACGUGCGCAGGCGCAGUCUGACGCGCAGCCCGCCAACCCGCCCGCUGCUGAUGACACUAGCAAAGAGAAAGAUACUUCACACGAAAUGGUGGUAGCUUGCUGUCGCUUCCUGUGCUACUUCUGCCGCACUGGACGACAGAACCAAAAAGCUAUGUUCGACCACUUCGACUUCUUGCUGGAGAACUCCAACAUCCUGCUGUCCAGACCCUCACUCAGAGGAUCCACGCCGCUAGAUGUCGCUUACUCCAGUUUGAUGGAGAACACAGAACUUGCGCUGGCGUUGAGAGAGCACUACUUGGAGAAGAUCGCGGUGUACCUGUCUCGCUGCGGGCUGCAGAGCAACUCCGAGCUGGUGGAGAAAGGUUACCCAGACCUUGGCUGGGAUCCUGUCGAGGGCGAGAGAUAUCUCGACUUCUUGAGAUUCUGUGUCUGGGUAAAUGGAGAAAGCGUAGAAGAGAACGCAAAUCUAGUUAUCCGUCUGCUGAUCAGAAGACCGGAGUGCUUGGGGCCUGCACUCAGAGGAGAGGGUGAAGGUCUACUGAAGGCCAUCGUAGACGCCAACAAGAUGAGCGAGAGGAUCGCUGAUAGAAGGAAACUGAGAGACUUGGAGCAAGAGGGAGAUAUCAACUUCAGUCAUCCACUGCCGGAGUCAGAUGACGAUGAGGACUACAUAGACACCGGGGCCGCCAUACUUAACUUCUACUGCACAUUGGUUGACCUGCUGGGUCGAUGUGCACCUGAUGCUUCUGUUAUAGCUCUUGGUAAGAACGAGUCUCUCCGUGCGCGUGCUAUCUUGCGUUCUUUAGUACCGCUGGAAGACCUGCAGGGCGUGCUCAGUCUAAGGUUUACGUUGAACAAUCCAGCUGCUGGAGAGGAACGUCCCAAGUCCGACAUGCCCUCCGGUCUUAUCCCUGGACACAAGCAAAGCGUCGGUUUAUUCUUGGAGCGUGUCUACGGCAUUGAAACUCAAGAGUUGUUCUAUCGUCUUCUAGAAGAAGCCUUCUUACCUGACUUGAGAGCUGCUACCAUGUUGGAUAGAAACGACGGGUGCGAGUCAGACAUGGCGCUGUCAAUGAACCGGUACAUCGGCAACAGCAUCCUGCCGCUGCUCAUCAAACACGCCAACUUCUACAACGAGGCGGAGAACUACGCCAGUCUGCUGGACGCCACUCUGCAUACUGUCUACAGAUUAUCAAAGAACCGUAUGCUGACGAAAGGUCAGAGGGAGGCGGUGUCAGACUUCCUGGUAGCGCUGACAUCCGCGAUGCAGCCCUCCAUGCUGCUCAAACUGCUGCGCAAACUCACCGUCGACGUCUCCCGCCUCUCUGAGUACACUACUGUUGCACUUAGGUUGCUGACGCUGCAUUACGAGCGUUGCGCGAAAUACUACGGCAGUACUGGCGGGCAGGGAGUGUACGGUGCAUCAUCAGACGAGGAGAAACGGCUCACCAUGAUGCUCUUCUCCAAUAUCUUCGACUCCCUCAGCAAGAUGGAUUAUGAACCGGAGUUAUUCGGGAAAGCGCUGCCAUGUCUCAUUGCCAUCGGUUGUGCCCUGCCACCUGAUUAUUCAUUGUCGAAGAAUUAUGAUGAUGAAUUCUACGGAAAGGAAAAUCAAGCCACGGGAGCAGACAAUCCGCAGUACGACCCGCAACCCAUCAACACGUCUUCAGUAGCACUCAACAACGACCUCAACACUAUCGUGCAGAAGUUCUCCGAACAUUACCACGAUGCCUGGGCCUCUAGGAAAAUCGAGAAUGGUUGGGUGUACGGUGAAUCUUGGUCUGACAGUCAGAAGACGCAUCCCCGUCUCAAGCCAUACAACAUGCUGAAUGACUAUGAAAAAGAACGUUACAAAGAACCAGUGAGGGAAUCUCUGAAGGCGUUGUUGGCUAUCGGUUGGUCUGUGGAGCAUUCUGAAGUUGAUAUACCAAGUACUAAUCGCAGCUCUAUGCGACGACAGUCAAAGUCGGGAGGCCGAGCGCCUGAUAUUAUUACGGAUUCCGCAACACCAUUCAACUAUAAUCCCCAACCAGUAGACAUGACCAACUUGACGUUAUCCCGAGAGAUGCAGAACAUGGCGGAGAGGCUGGCUGAGAACGCACACGACAUCUGGGCUAAGAAGAAGAAAGAAGAAUUAGUUGUUAAUGGAGGCGGCAUACAUCCUCAGUUAGUACCCUACGAUUUACUGACAGACAAAGAGAAGAAGAAAGAUCGAGAACGUUCUCAAGAGUUCCUCAAAUAUCUACAAUAUCAAGGCUACAAACUCCAUAGACCAAGUAAAGCAACACAAAGUGAUACAGAACAGACCACUACGGGGGUGGCAAUAGAGCUCAGAUUUGCGUACUCGUUGCUUGAAAAACUUAUCCAAUACAUUGAUAGAGCUACUAUUAAUAUGAAGUUAUUGAAACCGUCUACAACAUUCAGUAGAAGACCAAGCUUUAAGACUAGUACUAGAGAUAUUAAAUUCUUUUCUAAGGUUGUACUGCCGUUAAUGGAGAAAUAUUUCUCUACGCAUCGUAACUACUUCAUAGCUGUAGCGACAGCGACCAACAAUGUGGGCGCGGCCAGUCUUAAGGAAAAAGAAAUGGUUGCAGCGUUGUUCUGUAAACUGGCCAGUCUUUUGAGAUCACGUUUGGCAGCAUUCGGUCCGGACGUUCGUAUCACAGUGCGUUGUCUACAAGUACUGGUCAAAGGCAUCGAUGCGAAGUCUCUCGUCAAGAACUGUCCUGAAUUCAUCCGAACUUCGAUGCUCACAUUCUUUAAUAACGUGGCCGACGAUCUUGGACAUACGAUAUUGAAUUUACAAGAGGGUAAAUACGCGCAUCUCCGCGGCACGCACCUGAAGACUUCCACAUCUCUGGGGUAUAUCAACGGCGUGCUCCUCCCCGUCCUCACCGCCAUGUUUGACCACCUCGCCAACUGCGAGUACGGAGCUGAUCUACUGCUGGACGAGAUCCAAGUAGCAUCUUACAAGAUGCUAGGUUCUUUGUAUACGCUUGGCACAGACGCAACCCUCACGCACGACAGGAAAUAUUUGAAGACGGAAAUAGAAAGGAAUAAACCUGCACUGGGAUCUUGUUUGGGCGCGUUCAGCUCUACGUUCCCGGUGGCGUUCCUGGAGCCGCAUCUCAACAAGCACAAUCAGUUCUCCCUACUCAAUCGUAUUGCUGAUCACUCAUUGGAAGCUCAAGAUAUAAUGGCUAAGAUGGAACAAUCUAUGCCUACAUUGGAGACAAUACUGAAUGAAGUCGAUCAGUUCGUUGAAUCAGACAAAACGUACAAUGAGGCUCCACACAUCAUAGACGUUGUGUUACCACUCUUGUGCUCCUAUUUGCCAUUCUGGUGGGCACAGGGACCUGAUAAUGUCACACCUACUGGCGGCAACCACGUAACGAUGGUAACAGCAGAACAUAUGAAUCAACUUCUGAAGAACGUAUUGAAACUGAUAAAGAAGAACAUAGGCAAUGAGAGUGCUCCGUGGAUGACUCGCAUCGCUACAUACACGCAGCAAAUCAUCAUCAACAGCUCUGAGGAGUUGCUGCGAGACUCCUUCCUCCCUCUGGCGGAGAGAGUCAGGAAACGAACCGACACCAUGUUCCAUAAAGAAGAGAGUUUGAGAGGAUUCAUAAAGUCUUCUACGGACGAUACAUCACAAGUAGAGUCCCAGAUACAAGAGGACUGGCAGCUACUGGUGCGAGACAUCUACUCAUUCUAUCCACUACUCAUCAAAUAUGUUGAUCUGCAAAGAAAUCACUGGCUCAGGAACAAUGUACCAGAGGCAGAAGAACUUUACAAUCACGUAGCAGAGAUAUUCAACAUCUGGUCAAAGAGUCAAUACUUCUUGAAGGAAGAACAAAACUUUAUAUCUGCGAAUGAAAUCGACAAUAUGGUGCUCAUAAUGCCUACAGCUACAAGGCGUGUUACCACCAUCGUGGAUGGAACACCUCAAGGUGGUGGAAAGAAGAAGAAGAAACACCGCGACAAGAAACGUGACAAAGACAAGGAGGUGCAGGCAUCACUGAUGGUGGCGUGCCUCAAACGACUACUGCCUGUUGGCCUCAACCUCUUCGCGGGCAGGGAGCAGGAACUUGUGCAGCACUGCAAGGACAGGUUCCUCAAGAAAAUGUCAGAACAAGAUGUGGCUGAAUUUGCGAAAACUCAAUUAACAUUGCCAGAUAAGAUAGACCCGGCUGACGAGAUGUCAUGGCAACAUUACUUAUAUAGUAAACUGGGCUCCAAAAGCAAGACCACAAUAACAGUAGAGACUGCAGAAAACAAGGCAAAGAUCAUAGACGAUACAGUAGAGCGGAUUGUUGCUAUGAGUAAAGUACUCUUUGGCUUACAUAUGAUCGAUCAUCCCCAACAAAUGAGUAAGAAUGUAUAUCGUUCUGUAGUAUCCAUACAACGCAAGAGAGCUGUCAUAGCUUGCUUCAGGCAAACAUCUCUACAUUCAUUGCCAAGACACCGUGCUUGCAAUAUAUUCGCAAGGACGUACUACGAGCUGUGGCUGGAAGAGGAAAACACCGGGCAAGAGGUCAUGAUUGAAGAUCUCACGCAAUCGUUCGAAGAGGCGGAACUGAAGAAGAGUGAUGUAGUGGAAGAGGAGGGCAAGCCGGACCCUCUCACUCAGCUGGUGACCACCUUCUGCCGCGGCGCCAUGACCGAGCGUUCGGGCGCGCUACAGGAGGAUCCGCUAUACAUGUCGUACGCGCAUAUAAUCGCCAAGUCAUGCGGUGAAGAGGAGGAGGAGGGCGGUGGCGAGGAGGAGGAGGCAGGAGGAGAAGCGGAGGGCGAGGAGGAAGGAGGAGCGAGUAUACACGAGCAAGAAAUGGAGAAACAAAAGCUGUUAUUCCACCAAGCACGUCUGGCAGACCGAGGUGUGGCUGAGAUGGUGUUACUGCAUAUAUCUGCCUCCAAAGGCGUGCCUAGCGACAUGGUCAUGAAGACUUUGCAGCUCGGCAUCUCUAUACUUAGGGGAGGCAAUAUUGAUAUACAAAUGGGUAUGUUGAACCAUCUGAAGGAUAAGAAAGACGUCGGAUUCUUCACGUCUAUAGCUGGCCUUAUGAACUCCUGCUCUGUACUGGAUCUGGACGCUUUCGAAAGAAAUACAAAAGCUGAAGGUCUGGGCGUGGGACUAGAGGGCGCUGCGGGCGAAAAAAACAUGCACGACGCGGAGUUCACGUGCGCGCUCUUCCGCUUCAUCCAGCUUACAUGCGAGGGGCACAACCUGGAGUGGCAGAACUAUCUGCGUACACAAGCGGGCAACACGACGACGGUGAAUGUGGUGAUCUGCACGGUCGACUACCUGCUGCGUCUGCAAGAGUCCAUCAUGGACUUCUACUGGCACUACUCCAGCAAGGAACUAAUCGACCCCGCUGGCAAGGCGAACUUCUUCAAAGCUAUCGGCGUAGCAUCACAAGUGUUCAACACUCUCACUGAAGUCAUACAGGGACCCUGCACGCAGAACCAACAGGCCUUGGCGCAUUCUAGGCUGUGGGAUGCUGUGGGAGGUUUCCUGUUCCUGUUCUCUCACAUGCAGGACAAGCUGUCGAAGCAUUCUUCGCAAGUCGACCUGCUCAAGGAACUCCUUAACCUGCAGAAAGACAUGAUCACCAUGAUGCUGUCUAUGCUUGAAGGAAAUGUUGUUAAUGGUACAAUUGGUAAACAAAUGGUGGACACGCUGGUAGAGUCGGCGUCUAACGUGGAACUGAUCUUGAAGUACUUUGACAUGUUCCUGAAGAUGAAGGACCUGACCUCCAGCCCCAGCUUCCAGGAAAUCGACGCUAACAACGACGGCUGGGUGCUGCCCAAGGACUUCAAAGAGAAGAUGGAACAGCAGAAGAGUUACACGCCUGAGGAGAUAGAAUUCCUGUUGGCUUGCUGCGAGACAAACCACGACGGUAAACUUGACUACAUCGGCUUCUGCGACCGCUUCCACGAGCCAGCUAAAGAGAUCGGCUUCAACCUCGCCGUAUUGCUCACCAACCUAUCUGAACACAUGCCCAAUGAGCCCAGAUUGGCUCGUUUCCUGGAGACGGCUGGUUCAGUACUGAAUUACUUCGAGCCAUUCUUAGGGCGCAUUGAGAUCAUGGGCGGCUCCAAGCGCAUCGAGCGCGUCUACUUCGAGAUCAAGGAGUCCAACAUCGAGCAGUGGGAGAAGCCACAGAUCAAAGAAUCGAAGCGUGCUUUCUUCUACAGUAUAGUAACAGAGGGUGGUGACAAGGAGAAACUGGAAGCUUUUGUCAACUUCUGUGAGGACGCCAUCUUUGAGAUGACGCAUGCGUCAGGUCUCAUGGCCGCCUCGGAGGAGAGCUCCGGAGGGCCUAAGAACAGAGAGGCUGCCUACAUGUACAUGGGAGAUGAUGAUGAUGAAAGAGCGGGUAAAGAUCCAUUCCGUCGUGGCUUCCAAUCUGUCAAGGAUGGCAUCUCUGCAGCAUUUUCCUCCUUAUCACCAUCUAACAUAAAGUCGAAAAUCGCGGAUCUGCAGCAAAUGCCGCCCGCGGAACUAGCGCUCGGCUUCUUUAAGAUGUUCUUCUAUCUCUUUUAUUACUUGGGCUACGGCGUCCUUGUUGUUGUCAGGUACAUAUUCGGAGUACUGUUGGGCUUAAUGCGAGGUCCACAAACAGAGGAACCACCACCCGAGCCCACCGAGGAGGAAAAAAUUGGUCAGUUAAGGCACAGAUUUCUGAGCCAACAACAAAGUCCAUCUCGACAUCUGCCAGCACUACCGCCUGCAGAUGACACUGGUCAGAUGCAGGUCUCCGCUUUCGGACUGGACAUCACUAAAGAAGAUAACGGACAGAUCCAAGUGAAGCCGCACGAAUCACCUUCCACUUCAACACCAUCAUCUGGUGAAGAGGCCGAGGUAUCACCUGAUGAGAGCACAGAGCAUACGGAGGAGCAACAACCACCUUCUCUCAUCGACCUGCUUGGUGGCGAGCAAGCAAAGAAACAGGCACAAGAACGUAUGGAGGCGCAGGCCGCGCAACAAGCCGCCAUGUCCGCCAUUGAAGCAGAGAGCAAAAAGGCGGUGCAAGGACCUGCGCCGUCAGCUCUGUCGCAAGUGGACCUGUCUCAGUACACGCGGCGCGCUGUCUCCUUCCUCGCGCGCAACUUCUACAACCUCAAGUACGUCGCGCUCGUCCUCGCCUUCUGCAUCAACUUCGUGCUCUUGUUUUAUAAGGUGUCGACGCUGGAGGGCGAGGGCGGUGAGGGCUCCGGUCUGGGCAGCAUCAUUGCGGGCUCGGGCUCCGGCUCCGGCGCCGGCAGCGGAGAUGGCAGCGGCGAGUCAGGUGAAGACGACGACCCUCUGGAAGUGGUGCACAUUGAUGAAGACUUCUUCUACAUGGAGCACUUGCUGAAGGUGGCCGCGGUGCUGCACUCCGUCGUCUCGCUCGCCAUACUCAUCGGGUACUACCAUCUCAAGGUGCCUCUAGCGAUCUUCAAACGUGAGAAGGAGAUAGCUCGCAAGCUGGAGUUUGACGGAUUGUACAUCGCCGAGCAGCCGGAUGAUGACGACCUCAAGAGUCACUGGGACAAGCUCGUUAUAUCUGCUAAAUCGUUCCCAGUGAACUACUGGGACAAGUUCGUGAAGAAGAAAGUACGCGCCAAGUAUUCUGAGACGUAUGACUUCGACUCCAUCUCCAAUAUGUUGGGCAUGGAGAAGACCUCCUUCUCCGCGCAAGAGGAUGAAGGCAGCAAGGGCUUCCUGCACUACAUAAUUAACAUCGACUGGCGCUACCAGGUGUGGAAGGCGGGUGUCACCAUCACCGACAAUUCCUUCCUCUACUCGCUGUGGUAUUUCAGCUUCUCCGUCAUGGGCAACUUCAACAACUUCUUCUUCGCCGCACAUCUGCUGGAUGUUGCUGUCGGCUUUAAGACAUUGAGGACCAUCUUGCAGUCCGUCACGCAUAAUGGAAAGCAGUUGGUGCUGACAGUGAUGCUGCUGACGAUAAUCGUGUACAUCUACACUGUGAUCGCCUUCAACUUCUUCCGCAAGUUCUACGUGCAGGAGGAGGACGACGAGGUCAACAGGAACUGCCAUGAUAUGCUCACCUGCUUCGUGUUCAACCUGUACAAGGGUGUGCGCGCUGGCGGCGGCAUCGGUGACGAGCUCGAGCCUCCCGACGGCGACGACGGAGAAGUCUACCGCAUCAUCUUCGAUAUCUCAUUCUUCUUUUUCAUCAUUGUCAUUCUGCUGGCCAUUCUUCAGGGUUUGAUUAUUGACGCAUUCGGAGAGUUGCGUGACCAGCUGGAGUCUGUGAAGGAGGACAUGGAGUCCAACUGCUUUAUAUGCGGCAUCAACAAGGAUUACUUUGAUAAGGUGCCGCACGGGUUCGACACGCACGUGCAGCGCGAGCACAAUCUGGCAAACUACAUGUUCUUUGUCAUGCAUCUCAUCAACAAGCCCGACACUGAGUACACGGGUCAAGAGACGUAUGUAUGGAACAUGUACACACAGAGAUGCUGGGACUUCUUCCCUGUCGGUGACUGCUUCAGGAAACAGUAUGAAGAUGUUAUGGGAGAGUAGACCAAGGAAGGUUUAAAAUAAAAGAUGAACAAGCCUUUAGGAAUAUUAUCAAAAUGAAGUAUCGGCAGUGGAAUUUCACGAGCAAAUAAACUCGGAUUAAUUUUUAAAAUCACAAAUUAUACUGAAAAAACGAGUUUAGUUGUUUCGUGAAAUUUUAAAAUAAAAAAAAUUUAAAGGCCCGUGUUUUAUUGUUUAAGAAAUCGUUACCAUUGUAAAUUUACAAUCUGUAAUAUUGUUGUUCAAAUGCUUUUAUUUGUUGCAUUGCUCAAAAGAAAACACAAGUCAAUCGUUACUAAAGAAAUAUUAACCUUAUUGUUAAGAAAUUAAGUCAUAUUUUCAUAUAUCAAUUACAAAAAAAUUAGCG